AUGUCAACUUCUAGAUCCGAAAACUUUCCUCUUGGCUUUGGCUCUCACCCUCCAAGUCAGCCACGUUCUACAUCUCCUUCCGUCAACAAUUCGCCUGUAGAAACACCUGGCGCUGGUGUGAACAGAUCCCCCUUUGGUCUUGCUACUGGUGUCUCUUCCGCCAGCAUCAUGUCAGGAAACUCGCGCUCGGGGGCUGGCUCUCCGUCGCACGAGCUUGGGGGUUCUAGCAGAUUAUUUUCCAAAAGGGCUCGCGAGAUUCAAGCUCAAGAAGGUGUUUCUGGGAUUCCGUUGAACCCAUGGGGCGGCCCUCCAACGAGCGGGAACUCUACCCCAUUGCGCGAGAAUAUACCCGAGUCUCCUACCGAUGGUUUCCCCGACUUUGUUGGACUUCCUGCUCCAGAUUCGCAAAAUCAACCUCGUCGCGCACGUGCCGGCACAGUCCCUUCACGAUUUCCUCCAGGAGGUCCCGGCCCUGGCCAUUUGCCCGUUCCUGGCCUGGGAGCCAAGUCGGCCAGAAACACCCCAUCGCAAACCCCAUACAACAAGACUCCCUCCCCUGGCCUUGAGGCCGUGGACGGCAACUCAGGUAGCUCUGCCCUGCUUUCUCGACUUCGAGCUGGCUCCCUCCCCCAGCGCAGCCAAUUUGCUCCUUUGCCCGGUACAAGCUCGCCUUUUGGCCCCUCGAUUUUCAGUAGCUGGAAUCCCACCGGAGUUGGGCGUGAGCGAGCAUCGACGCUUGCAAGCAUUGCCAGUGUCCCUUCGAACGGUCCCAGCUCGCCUUCUCAAUCGCAUUUUUCCAGGGAGGGCGGCAACGAUUCAGAUGUUCAUAUGAGAACGCUUGAUUAUCUUGGACUCGCCGAAACCCCACAGCAAGCUCGAGCUCAGAUUGCCACACCGUACAUACCAAACUUGGAUUUUGCCCGACAGGCCAGUCGCAUCCGUUCCUAUUCCGUCAACAACAAAGAUGUGCAUGCGGAUGAGUAUCCCGAUGAUGAGUACGAGAUCGAUGGUCUUCCCGUCAACGAGCAACACUACGCAGCAGCCCUUCAGGAUCAGCUCGCGGCCACACAUGCCGCCAUUCGUAACCACAACUUGGCCGUGCAGGCUUUUGCUAACCAGGCAUCGUCGACCCGACGACGCGCCCGAACUGCCGGUGUUCUCGACGCCCCCGGCUCACAUCUGAUGAACUCAUUCCUCGCCGGUCCCACUCCUGGUUCUGCCAACCCACUUGCUGCUGCUGAGCUUCGUCUGCAAGAAGAGAAGAAAUUCGAGGAUCUUCCUCAAGCAGUUGCUGGGCUGAGCCUCGGCCGAUCGAGCAGUCGCAAUGCUGGACUUCUCGGCGUAGAAGACCAGGGCCUUGAAGGUCCUACAAGCGCUCUUUGGCUGGGCAAUAUCCCAACCUCCACGACGACCUCGACGUUGGUCGAGAUGUUCAAGUCGCAUGGACCUAUUGUUUCCGUUCGUGUUCUCACUCACAAGAACUGCGGGUUCGUCAACUUUGAGCGAGUUGAGAGCGCCAUUUCUGCCAAGGCAAACAUGAAUGGAAAGGAGAUCUUUCCAGGAGCGAGCCCUAUCCGGAUCAAUUUCGCAAAGCCCGUCUCGCCGGGCAAUACCCCCGGACACGAUGGCGCAUUCCCUUCCCCCAGUCCGGAUCCAUUCGCCAAGGGCCACGAACCUUCUCAGGUGGUAGCUGCCGGUACCAUUGGCGAUGCUGCUGCUUCUGUGAACAGCAACGGUCCUCCAACGCCCCCAGCCUUGCGUGAGAUCACUGCCGACAUUCUCGAGAUUGUAUCCCACUUUGGAGCUUCCGAGACAGACAGGGCCCGGAUUUCCCACAACCUGCAGUCCUCAAUUCAGUUCACCUCCUUUAUCGAUGAGAUUCCUCCUAUCCGAGAGCCUUCACACACGCGAGUCCAUGACGCCCCAAAGCUCCGCGACAUUCGCAAGCGCAUCGAUAACCAGACCUUGUCUCAAACAGACAUUGAAAAUGCCGCUGUAGAGAUGCUCCCUGAAAUCGCGGAACUGGCAUCGGACUACCUCGGUAACACGGUCGUUCAAAAGCUAUUUGAGCACUGCUCUGACCAGAUCCGCGACCUGAUGUUGAACGAGAUUGCUCCUCACAUGGCUGAGAUCGGCGUUCACAAGAACGGAACUUGGGCAGCCCAGAAGAUCAUUGAUGUUUGCAAGACAAGCACUCAGAUGACUGCCAUCACUGAGAACCUUCGUCCGUACACGGUCCCUCUGUUCCUGGACCAGUACGGCAACUACGUUCUUCAAUGCUGCCUCAAGUUCAAUAUGCCAUUCAAUGACUUCAUUUUCGAGACAAUGAUGAGCCGCAUGUCGCAACUUUCUCAGGGUCGCUUUGGCGCUCGUGCUAUGCGCGCUUGUCUUGAGAGUCACCACUCAACCAAAGAACAGCAGAGGAUGCUGGCAGCACUGAUCGCUAUCCACAGCGUUCACCUUGCCACCAACCAGAACGGCGCUCUCCUCUUGACAUGGUACUUGGAUACAUGCACGUUCCCCCAGCGACGAACGGUUCUUGCGCCUCGCAUUAUCCCAUAUCUGGUGCAUCUCUGCACUCACAAGGUUGCCUAUCUGACAGUGCUCAAGGUUGUGAACCAGAAAGCUGAGCCCGAGGCCCGCGACUCCGUUCUCAAGGCCCUCUUCCUCUCACCAAAUGACCAGGUUCUUGAGGCUAUUCUCAGCGACUCUAACUGUGGUGCGACACUUAUCUUCAAGGUCCUUACCAUGCCUUUCUUCGACGAGGCUCUGCGCAGCCAAGUUGUGGAAAAUGUCAAGAAUGUACUCGUCAGGAUCAAGGCCCAGCCCAAUCAGGGUUACAAGCGUCUUAUGGAUGAGGUUGGCUUGUCUACGAGAAAUGGCGGCGCCAGCCGAGAUUCUAGUGCACACCCGGAACAGCGUCAGCGACCAAGUUCGAGACAAGCCAGUGGCGGCGUUAACGGUCACCAAGGGCAGCAAGGCAACGGCGGCAACAAGUCGUUUUAUAAUCAGAACAAUCAGCCUUCAAAUGUGUCAGGAUUUGACUCUGCAUUCCCUCAAUCGAGAGGCGAUCUUUCUGAGGCGAGCACUGUCUCAUCCAUGCCGCCGUUCAACCCUGGUCUGAUGUAUGGAACCCCAGGAAUGCCAAACCUACAGCAGCUCUCUUACCAGCAAAACAUGCUUGGUCGUGGUGCUCCCUCCAUGAACUACAACUUCCCGCAAGUGCCAGGAGGCUAUGGAGUUUACCCCAACGGCAACCCAUCUAUGGACCAGUUCCGCCAGGUCUCAAACGGUAGCUCUGGUCCACCAUCCUCUGGGCCUAUGCCUCCAAUUUCUGGCGGCCAGGCUUCAUUCCCUCCCCCAGGCUUCGGUGUGGGUAUGGGAGGCUAUGGAUUUGGCAACGUAGGAGGGGGGAUGAAUUUUCCCCAGCAGGAUCAGGGCAAUAGCAGACGUGGCCGCGUAAGUUAUCCUUCUAAAAAUGACAUCUAG